UGAAGAUUCCAACCCUCAAGUACAAAAACGCAAGCAACUAGGGAACAUAACCCAAAGCCUUCAAACUUCAAAGCUUGAAACUCUUUACAAUUGUAUAGCAAUAAACCAUGAAGGGGUAUUCUUCUUGUGUUGCUAAUACACAAAACCACGUGUUUCUUCCUUCGAGCAACGCAAACAACCCUCGUCAGCAGGUGAAGGUGGGAAACUUGUGGUUGAUGCAAAGAAGUCAUGGUUGGUCAUCUUUGGUGCAUCAUGGAAAGGGCAAUGAGAAUGGGUUUGUGGUGGUUGGCUGUGCAAGUUGGAAUUUGAAGAGUGAGUUGGAGAGAGAUCUUGAAGAUAAAGAACAUAAGGGAAUGGCACGGUUCCGGUACAAGUGUGGGGAAAGGAAGGGUGUGGUUGAGUUGUUGGAGUGCUUGGAAAAGGAAGCAAUAAUGGGUGAAGAUGUCGGGAAAGACCCUAUGGAUUACAACCGUAGGGCUCAGAUAUUUGAUAGAAGCUCUAGAGUUUUCCAAGCUCUUAAGGAAGCAAAUACUACUGAUGUUGUUUCUCAACCAUAGUAACUUCGAUUUGAUCUCACUGUAUUCUAGUUGAAGUACAAUUAUAUUACAUAGUUAUGUCCCGGAAUUUCCUAAGUUAAGACUAGUGCGCUAUAAAUUGUUAUUGAUAUCAUAGAUUUUUUAGUUUGCA